CCGCUGGUCUAGGCCAGCACCGUACAGAGAAGGACCUGAACUUCCAGACAACGAGGUGGAACUGCUGAUCGUGCAAGCUUGGAGAAUGGCGACAGAGGGAGAUCUGUUGGGAAUACUGUUUGGGAAGGUGGAUGACGGGAAUCUUGCUCUGAUUACGAGCGAGUUGCUGGUUUUCCUGACACAGAUGGUGGAUGACCUGCCUCUGGACAUCUUAUCGCGGUGUGACAAUCAGCCUGGCACCCACGUGCUUUCCAGGACGCUCGAGCCGCGCUUACUGUGGUCCACGUGUACUGAGAUGGACGGCGACAACUGUGUCUAUCUGUCCCAACCUCUUUUCCUUGAGAUCGACGUCACCGAUCUCACAGUGUGGGACCCCAUCAUCCAACAAGGAAACGCGCGGCAAGAAGAAGAGGAGGAUGAAGAAGAAGAAGAAGAAGAAUCAAGGGAAGAUCGUGACGAUCCCGAUUACGUCCAAGGAGAAGAGGAGGAAGACGAAGAAGGUGAGGCAGCAGAGGAGGAAGGUGUAGUGGGCGAGCCGAGUCAGCGGCCCGGUCGAAGUAAGGAAGAGGAGGAAGCAAAAGCAAGAAGGCGGUUGGAAAAGGCGGAGGGAAAGCGGUCGAUCACGGAAGAAACCCCGCCUGAUCUAUCGUUGGGGAAUCCGUGGCUCGAUCCAGAGCCCCCAAAGGAAGAAGAAGGAGGCGAUGGAGCCACAACGGAGGGAUCAGGAAGACGUCGUCGAAGGAGGAGCGAAUCGUUGACUUCUUCUGGUUCCCCUGCCCGACCUGCCCUUCGCCUAUGUCAAGAUGAGGGCGAUCGGGCUUCAUCCCCGGUCGUUCUCUCACCGUCCCCCUGACUUCCUGAUGCUCACCCGACUC